UAUAGAUCCCAGCGUAAGGUAUUUUAGCUACAUGAAUUCUUUACGCAAACGUGAUUUAAACGUCGUGAAUUGGAAUACAUUUUGUGGAUGACGCCAAUGGAAUGUAGGAAGUCUAGCUUGCUGGCCAGUUAUUUACAGUUCCCCGGUGGGCAGCGGUAUCCAGCUGUUACUGCUGCCACCAUGUCUGGCACGGCGACGGUGUUGCAGCAGUUCGUCAGUGGCCUCAAAAGCCGCAACGAGGAGACCCGGGCCAAAGCCGCUAAGGACCUCCAGCACUACGUCACGACAGAACUGAGAGAGCUGAGCCAAGAAGAGGCGACCACUUUCUACGAUGAGCUGAACCAUCACAUCUUUGAGCUGGUGUCCAGCUCUGACGUCAACGAGAAGAAAGGUGGAAUCCUUGCCAUUGUGAGCUUGAUAGGAGUGGAGGGCGGCAAUGCCACGAGAAUCAGCCGCUUCGCGAACUACCUGCGCAACCUGCUGCCCUCCAGCGACCCCGUAGUCAUGGAGAUGGCCUCCAAGGCCAUGGGCCACCUGUCCAUGGCGGGGGACACCUUCACGGCGGAGUACGUGGAGUUCGAGGUGAAGAGGGCGCUGGAGUGGCUGGGGGCAGACAGGAACGAAGGCAGACGCCACGCAGCGGUGCUGGUGCUGCGGGAGCUAGCCGUUAGCGCGCCCACCUUCUUCUUCCAGCAGGUGCAGCCCUUCUUCGACAACAUCUUCAACGCGGUGUGGGACUCGAAGCAGGCCAUCCGCGAGGGCGCCGUGUCCGCCCUCCGGGCCUCCCUCAUCCUGACCACGCAGCGCGAGACCAAGGAGAUGCAGAAGCCACAGUGGUACAAGCAAACCUUUGACGAGGCGGAGAAGGGUUUUGACGAGACUCUGUCCAAGGAGAAAGGGAUGAAUCGGGAUGACCGGGUCCAUGGAGCCCUGCUGAUCCUGAACGAGCUGGUCCGCAUCAGCAGCAUGGAGGGGGAGCGCAUGCGGGAGGAGAUGGAGGAGAUCACGCAGCAGCAGCUGGUCCACGAUAAGUACUGUAAGGAGCUGAUGGGCUUCGGCACCAAGCCCCGCCACAUCACGCCCUUCACCAGCUUCCAGUCGGUCCAGCCGCAGCAGUCCAACGCGCUGCUGGGGCUUCUGGGAUACAGCACCCCCCAGGGCUUCCUCAGCUUCGGGGCCGCGCCCGUGCCAUCCAAGAACACCCUGGUGGAGAGCCGCUACUGCCGCGAGCUGAUGGAGGAGCGCUUCGACCAGGUGUGUCGCUGGGUGCUGAAGUACCGGACCAGUAAGAACCCGCUGAUCCAGAUGACCAUCCUCAACCUGCUGCCCCGCCUCGCCGCCUUCCAACCGCACAACUUCACAGAUCAGUACCUGUCGGACACCAUGAGCCACCUGCUGGGCUGUCUGAAGAAGGAGAAGGAGCGCACGGCGGCCUUCCAGGCCCUGGGGCUGCUGGUGGUGGCGGUGCGCGCCGAGAUCCAGCCCUACCUCACCAAGAUCCUGGAGAUCAUCAAAGCCGCCCUGCCGCCCAAGGACUUCGCGCACAAGAGACAGAAGACCAUGCAGGUGGACGCCACCGUGUUCACCUGCAUCAGCAUGCUGUCCCGAGCCAUGGGGCCCAGCAUCCACCAGGACAUCAAGGAGCUGCUGGAGCCGAUGCUGGCUGUGGGCCUCAGCCCUGCCCUGACGGCGGUGCUGUACGACCUGAGCAGGCAGAUCCCGCAGCUGAAGAAGGACAUCCAGGACGGGCUGCUGAAGAUGCUGUCCCUGGUGCUCAUGCACAAGCCCCUGCGGCACCCGGGCAUGCCCAAGGGCCUGGCCUACCAGCUGGCCUCGCCCAGCCUCACCAACAUCCCCGAGGCCAGCGACGUGGGCAGCAUCACCCUGGCCCUGCGCACGCUCGGCAGCUUCGAGUUCGAAGGACACUCCCUGACGCAGUUUGUGCGCCACUGCGCGGACCACUUCCUGAACAGCGAGCACAAGGAGAUCCGCAUGGAGGCGGCGCGGACCUGCUCGCGCCUCCUCACCCCCUCCAUCCACCUCAUCAGCGGCCACGGCCACGUGGUCAGCCAGACCGCCGUGCAGGUGGUGGCCGACGUCCUCAGCAAGCUGCUGGUGGUGGGCAUCACCGACCCGGACCCUGAUAUCCGGUACUGCGUGCUGGCCUCCCUGGACGAGCGCUUCGACGCCCACCUGGCGCAGGCGGAGAACCUGCAGGCGCUGUUCGUGGCUCUGAACGACGAGGUGUUCGAGAUCCGCGAGCUGGCCAUCUGCACCAUCGGCCGCCUGAGCUCCAUGAACCCCGCCUUCGUCAUGCCCUUCCUGCGCAAGAUGCUCAUCCAGAUCCUGACCGAGCUGGAGCACAGCGGCGUGGGCCGGAACAAGGAGCAGAGCGCCCGCAUGCUGGGUCACCUGGUCUCCAACGCGCCCCGCCUCAUACGCCCCUACAUGGAGCCCAUUCUCAAGGCUCUCAUCCUGAAGCUGAAGGAUCCAGACCCCAACCCCGGGGUGGUCAUCAGCGUCCUGGCCACCAUCGGAGAGCUGGCUCAGGUCAGUGGUCUGGAGAUGAGGAAGUGGAUGGAUGAGCUCUUCCCCAUCAUCAUGGACAUGCUGCAGGACUCCUCCUCAUUGGCUAAGAGACAGGUGGCGCUGUGGACCCUGGGGCAGCAGGUGGCCAGCACGGGGUACGUGGUGGAGCCCUACCGAAAAUACCCCUCUCUGCUGGAGGUGCUGCUCAACUUCCUGAAGACGGAGCAGAACCAGGGCAUCAGGAGAGAGGCCAUUCGAGUGCUAGGCCUGCUGGGAGCCCUGGACCCCUACAAGCACAAGGUCAACAUCGGCAUGAUUGACCAAUCACGCGACGCCUCCGCGGUCAGCCUGUCGGAAUCUAAAUCCAGCCAGGACUCGGCGGACUACAGCACCAGUGAGAUGCUGGUGAACAUGGGGAACCUGCCGCUGGACGAGUUCUACCCGGCGGUGGCCAUCGUCACCCUCAUGCGCAUCCUGCGCGACCCCUCGCUCUCCAACCACCACACCAUGGUGGUGCAGGCCGUCACCUUCAUCUUCAAGUCCCUGGGGCUGAAGUGCGUGCAGUUCCUGCCCCAGGUCAUGCCCACCUUCCUCAACGUCAUCCGCGUCUGCGAUGCCAACAUCCGGGAGUUUCUCUUCCAGCAGUUGGGGAUGCUGGUGUGCUUUGUGAAGAUCCACAUCAGGCCCUACAUGGACGACAUCUUCACCCUCAUCAGAGAGUACUGGACCCCGAACAACCCCAUGCAGAACACCAUCAUCCUGCUGAUGGAGCAGAUCGUGGUGGCGCUGGGCGGGGAGUUCAAGCUCUACCUGCCGCAGCUGAUCCCCCACAUGCUGCGGGUCUUCAUGCACGACAACAGCACCGGCCGCACCGUCACCAUCAAGCUCCUGAAUGCGAUUCAGCUGUUUGGUGCAAACCUGGAUGAUUACCUCCACCUGCUGCUGCCCCCUAUUGUGAAACUGUUUGAUGCUCCGGAUGUGCCUCUGCAGGCCCGCAAGGUUUCCUUGGAGACGCUGGACAAGCUGACGGAGUCCCUGGACUUCACAGACUACGCGUCGCGGAUCAUCCACCCCAUCGUGCGCACGCUGGACGGCACCCCGGAGCUGCGCAUCACCUCCAUGGACACGCUGUCCUCACUGGUCUUCCAGCUGGGCAAGAAGUACCAGAUCUUCAUCCCCAUGGUGAACAAAGUCAUGCUGAAGCACAGGGUCAACCACCAGCGCUAUGACGUCCUCAUCUGCCGCAUCGUCAAGGGGUACACGCUGGCUGAAGAGGAGGAGGACCCCCUGAUCUUCCAGCACCGGCAGCUGCGUGGUAACCAGGGCGACGCGCUGGUCAGCGGGCCGGUGGAGUCAGGGCCCAUGAAGAAGCUGCACGUCAGCACCUCGGCCCUGCAGAAGGCCUGGGGUGCGGCCAGGAAAGUGUCGAAGGACGACUGGCUGGAGUGGCUGAGGCGCCUGAGCGUAGUGCUGCUGAAGGAGUCCUCCUCCCCCGCCCUGCGCUCCUGCUGGUCCCUCGCCCAGACCUACAUCCCAUUGGCCAGGGACCUGUUCAACGCAGCGUUCCUGUCGUGCUGGUCGGAGCUGAGCGAGGAUCAGCAGGACGAGCUGAUCCGCAGCAUCGAGCUGGCCCUCAUCUCGCAGGACAUCGCCGAGGUGACCCAGACGCUGCUCAACCUGGCCGAGUUCAUGGAGCACAGCGACAAGGGCCCGCUUCCUCUGAGGGACGACAACGGCAUCGUGUUGCUAGGGGAACGGGCGGCAAAGUGCCGCGCCUACGCCAAGGCCCUGCACUACAAGGAGCUGGAGUUCCAGAAGGGUCCGUCGCCCCUCAUCCUGGAGUCCCUCAUCAGCAUAAACAACAAGCUGCAGCAGCCGGAAGCAGCAGCGGGGGUGCUGGAAUAUGCCAUGAAGCACUUUGGGGAACUGGAGAUCCAGGCCACCUGGUACGAGAAGCUCCACGAGUGGGAGGACGCUCUGGUGGCCUACGACAAGAAGAUCGACAUGAACAAGGAGGACCCGGAGCUGAUCCUGGGCCGCAUGCGCUGCCUGGAGGCCCUGGGGGAGUGGGGCCAGCUGCACCAGCAGUGCUGUGAGGAGUGGACCCUGGUGAGCGAGGAGACCCAGGCCAAGAUGGCCCGUAUGGCAGCCGCUGCAGCCUGGGGACUGGGGCACUGGGACAGCAUGGAGGAGUACACCUGCAUGAUCCCCCGGGACACGCACGAUGGCGCCUUCUACAGGGCAGUGCUGGCACUGCACCAGGACCUCUUCUCACUGGCCCAGCAGUGCAUCGAUAAGGCCAGAGACCUGCUGGAUGCCGAGCUGACUGCCAUGGCGGGGGAGAGCUACAGCCGGGCCUAUGGGGCCAUGGUGUCAUGUCAGAUGCUGUCAGAGCUAGAGGAGGUGAUCCAGUACAAGCUGGUGCCUGAGAGGAGAGAGAUCAUCAGGGAGACCUGGUGGGAGAGACUGCAGGGUUGUCAGCGCAUCGUGGAGGACUGGCAGCGGAUCCUGAUGGUGCGCUCGCUGGUCAUCAACCCUCAUGAGGACAUGCGCACCUGGCUGAAAUACGCCAGCCUGUGUGGCAAGAGCGGCCGUCUGGCCCUGGCCCACAAGACCCUGGUGCUGCUCCUGGGAGUGGACCCCUCCAAACAGCUGGACCACCCCCUGCCCACGGCCCACCCCCAUGUCACCUACGCCUACAUGAAGUACAUGUGGAAGAGCACACGCAAGAUCGAUGCGUUCCAGCAUAUGCAGCACUUUGUGCAGGGCAUGCAGCAGCAGGCCCAACACGCCAUCGCAGCCGAGGACCAGCAGCACAAACAGGAGCUGCACAAACUCAUGGCCCGGUGCUUCCUCAAGCUGGGCGAAUGGCAGCUCAGUCUGCAGGGCAUCAACGAGAGCACCAUCCCCAAGGUGCUGCAGUACUACAGCCACUCCACCGAGCACGACCGCAACUGGUACAAGGCGUGGCACGCGUGGGCGGUGAUGAACUUCGAGGCCGUGCUGCACUAUAAGCACCAGAACCAGGGCCGGGACGAGAAGAAGAAGCUCCGUCACGCCAGCGGGGCGAGCGGGAACAGCGAGGCCAGCAACAGCGACAGCGAGGUGGACAGCACCGAGCACAGCCCCCUGCCCUCGCCCGGCCAGAAGAAGGUCAACGAGGACCUUUCUAAAACACUGCUGCUGUACACAGUCCCUGCUGUCCAGGGCUUCUUCAGAUCCAUCUCCCUCUCCCGCGGCAACAACCUGCAGGACACCCUCAGGGUCCUGACGCUGUGGUUCGACUACGGCCACUGGCCUGAGGUGAACGAGGCUCUGGUCGAGGGCAUCAAAACCAUCCAGAUCGACACCUGGCUACAGGUGAUCCCUCAGCUGAUCGCCCGUAUCGACACGCCCCGCGCCCUGGUAGGCCGCCUCAUCCACCAACUGCUCACAGACAUCGGCCGCUACCACCCCCAGGCCCUGAUCUACCCGCUCACCGUGGCCUCCAAGUCCACCACCACCGCCCGCCAUAACGCCGCCAACAAGAUCCUGAAGAACAUGUGUGAGCACUGCAACACGCUGGUGCAGCAAGCCAUUCUGGUGAGCGAGGAGCUGAUCCGUGUGGCCAUCCUGUGGCACGAGAUGUGGCACGAGGGCCUGGAGGAGGCGUCCCGCCUGUAUUUCGGCGAUCGGAACGUGAAGGGCAUGUUCGCCGUGCUGGAGCCCCUUCACGCCAUGAUGGAGAGGGGCCCCCAAACCCUCAAAGAGACCUCCUUCAACCAGGCUUACGGGCGUGACCUGAUGGAGGCCCAGGACUGGUGCAGGAAGUAUAUGCGCUCCGGGAACGUGAAGGACCUGACGCAGGCCUGGGACCUGUACUACCACGUCUUCCGUAGGAUCUCCAAACAGCUGCCUCAGCUCACCUCUCUGGAGCUGCAGUACGUCUCCCCCAAACUGCUGAUGUGCCGGGACCUGGAGCUGGCCGUCCCCGGGACCUACGACCCCAACCAGCCCAUCAUCCGCAUCCAGUCCAUCGCCCCAUCCCUGCAAGUCAUCACCUCCAAGCAGAGGCCCCGCAAGCUCACCAUCAUGGGCAGCAACGGGCACGAGUUCAUGUUCCUGCUGAAAGGCCACGAGGACCUGCGGCAGGACGAGAGGGUCAUGCAGCUCUUCGGAUUGGUCAACACGCUGCUGGCCAAUGACCCCGCCUCCCUGCGCAAGAACCUGAGCAUUCAGCGUUACGCGGUGAUUCCGCUCUCCACGAACUCCGGUCUGAUUGGCUGGGUGCCGCACUGCGACACGCUCCACGCCCUGAUCAGAGACUACAGGGAGAAGAAGAAGAUUCUGCUGAACAUCGAGCACCGCAUCAUGCUGAGGAUGGCCCCGGACUACGACCACCUGACGCUGAUGGAGAAGGUGGAGGUGUUUGAGCAUGCAGUGAACAACACCGCUGGAGACGACCUGGCCAAACUGCUGUGGCUGAAGAGCCCCAGUUCAGAGGUGUGGUUUGACCGGCGGACCAAUUACACGCGCUCCCUGGCUGUGAUGUCAAUGGUGGGCUACAUCCUGGGACUCGGAGACAGACACCCCUCCAACCUGAUGUUGGACCGGCUGAGCGGGAAGAUCCUACACAUUGACUUUGGUGAUUGUUUUGAAGUUGCCAUGACAAGAGAAAAGUUCCCAGAGAAGAUUCCUUUCAGGCUGACCAGGAUGCUCACCAAUGCCAUGGAGGUGACCGGGCUUGACGGGAACUACAGGAUCACGUGUCACACGGUGAUGGAGGUCCUGAGGGAGCACAGGGACAGCGUCAUGGCCGUGCUCGAGGCCUUCGUCUACGACCCGCUGCUCAACUGGAGGCUGAUGGACACCAACACCAAAGGGAACAAGCGCUCCAGAACCAGGACGGACUCCUACACCGCCGGGCAGUCAGUGGAAGCCCUGGAGGGCAUAGAUCUUGGGGAAACUACACACAAGAAACCAGGAACCACGGUGCCUGAAUCCAUCCAUUCCUUCAUUGGAGAUGGCCUUGUGCAGCCCGAAGCCUUGAACAAAAAAGCCAUCCAGAUCAUUAAUCGAGUGCGAGACAAGCUGACCGGUCGAGACUUCUCCCACGACGAGACCCUGGACGUCCCGACCCAGGUGGAGCUGCUCAUCAAACAAGCCACGUCACACGAGAACCUGUGCCAAUGCUACAUCGGAUGGUGUCCAUUUUGGUAGAGAAGACCUUCGAUUCUCCCCUUGCUUUUAGCGUCAUUGCCAUUUCCUAACACUUUCUACGGAAGCCAUGUUUGUUACCACACUCUGCCACAGACUGGGACUGGGUCUUCAAAAUGUAUCCGACGUUCAUUUGCCAAUUAUGACAAAGUCUAAAAUGAAAUAGGCGAUAUGUAAUAUCAAUGAGAUAUAUUUAACAUAUUGAUUUUGGCGCAAUGUAUGCGAAGAUUUCUUUGGCAAUAAAUGGAGAAGGCAAUCAUUGUUUUGUGUGUUUAAUAAAAAUGUGUAAAGAAAAUAAUAAAAAUAUUAAAAUAA